UCAGCUGUGUCCAAUCACAGCUGAUCACUGAUGAUCAGUGUGCCUUGAUGAUCAGUGUGGCCCCAGCAGUGCCACCUGUCAGUGCCUUGUGUCAGUGCCUCGUGCCAGUGCCCAUCAGUGCACAUCAAUGCCACAUAUCAGUGCCCGGCUGAGCUGCCUUUCAGUGUCACCCAUCAGUGCCAGUCAGUGCUACCUAUCAGUGCCGCCUAUCAGUGUGCAUCAGUGCCGCCUAACAGUGCCUGUCAGUGCCGCCUAACAGUGCCAGUCAGUGCUGCCUUUUAGUGCCUGUCAGUGAUGCCU